GAAGAGGUGCACGCAGCACAGCUGUACUUUUGCCGGGAGCCCAUGGCGUAAUGAUGCCGAUGCAUUAGCCGGCGCGCCAGAGUACUACACAAUUCAGUUCGCUCUGGCACAUCUGACGCCGAACAGCGAGCCGGGGCUUAGCUCUGGAAUCCGUGUCCUGGGGGGCAAGUGUGGGGUCGACGGAUGGUAAUCGGAGGCUUCAGGUUCGUGGGGUCCAGUUGCUACAGCGUCUUCGGCACCUCUUCCGAUAUUCGUCACAUUCCAUCAUCUGCAACAUAUUCCCAUCUAUUGUACGAUAUCUUGCUUCCUUUCUUCUCGAGCCUCAAUUUCUUAGUUUUCCUUUGAUUAAUCGUAACAAUGUCCUCAUUUUCCAGACUCGUUCGCUUCCUUGCCCGGGAUGGCAAGACCUACUACGGCGAUGCAAUUCUCCCCAACGGCGUCACUGAUAUCGCCAAGGCGAGGCAGGCCAGGAUCGUGACAGGCGACAUCUUUGGAAGACACGAUGUCACAGAAAACGUCGCCGACAUCCGGCUUCUGCUUUCUCCCCUUGCGCCUGAGCACGUAAAGACUGUACGCUGCCUCGGCCUCAACUAUGCCAACCACGCCAAGGAGUCAAACAUGGCAAUUCCAAAGUUCCCUGUUCUCUUCUACAAGCCGGUGACCUCUUUGGCCGGACCAACUGAUCCCGUCCCUGUGCACCCGAUCGCUCAGACCGGCAGCACGCUGGACUACGAGUGCGAACUGGUCAUUGUCAUCGGCAAGACCGCCGCGGACGUUUCCGAGGACGAUGCCCUCAACUAUGUUCUCGGCUAUGCCGUGGGCAACGAUGUGUCACACCGCGAGUGGCAAAUCCAGCGUGGCGGCGGGCAGUGGUCUCUCGGCAAAGGCUUUGACGGCUGGGCGCCUUUCGGGCCUGGCAUCGUGACCAACAAGGUUGUCAAGGAUCCUCAGAACCUCAAGAUCUUUACCAAGGUCAACGGGGAGACUGUUCAGAAAAACAACACCAAGGACAUGAUUUUCGGCAUCAAGAAGACAAUUUCCUUCUUGAGUCAGGGCACUACGCUGCUGCCGGGAGAUGUCAUCUUCACCGGAACUCCCGAGGGCGUUGGCAUGGGUCGCAAGCCCCAGCUGUGGCUCAAGGAUGGAGACGUUGUCGAAGUUGGCCUUGAGAACGUGGGCUCUUGCAUCAACAAGAUCGAGUUCAGCAAGGUCAAGUCAAAGAUUUAGGAACAGGGUUGAAAGUGGCGAGGUGAUGCAGUGUAUUGUCACAAUUGCUAAGUUAGUGGCCAGUUGUAGAAUGAAAUCUUGUGUUUGUUAUGGAGUUUGAUCACGACUAAGCCGAGGCUGUGAGAUGGCGCCCGCCGAUAUUGCGGCCGAAGCAACACGAGCUGGCGCAUCAAAACAUCAAGAGGUUCAAAAUGUCUAAUG